AAGAUAAAAGCCUCUGUGACUGAACCAAGAUAGUGAGAAAACAAGUGGUUUUCAGAGUCUUGUUAACUAUAUUGAUAAUGGAAACAGAAAUAAGAAAAAGAGGAACAAGAAGAAUCACAAGAUCGAUGAUCCAUUACUCCCAUAUGAUCAUCUACGGUACUCUCCUCCUUCUAUCAUGUUCUUCUCUUAUGUUAUGCUCAGCCGGAGGAAUAGGCAAGAUGAAAACUGUGAAGCGGGUGAUCCAUGAUGGAGAAACUAUAGUUUCCAAGGGAAAAAUAUUCGAAUUUGGCUUCUUCACACCUGAUGGUGCUAAACAUGAAAAUCGAUAUGUUGGAAUAUGGUACUACGGAUUACCUAAAACCUCAACAACAGUGGUGUGGGUUGCCAACAGAGAGAAACCAAUCCCAAAUACAAAAGGAUCUAUAAUCAUCAGGGAAGAUGUAAAUCUGGAAGUUUUGGAUGAACUGGGAAAAAUCCAUUGGUCGACGGAGUUUUCCAUUUUUCGAAACCCAUUGAACCCAAGUUACACUUCUCGAAACCCAGCGAUAGGAAACACAAGUGAAAUACUUACGGAUUCCGGGAAUCUCAUCUUGAAUACGUAUGAUGGAGAUGAUAUGCCAGUAUGGGAGAGCUUCCGAGAGUAUUCCAACACAUUCCUACCUGGUAUGGGGAAUAUAAGCAAGGCAAUCCAAUCAUGGAGGAAUGAGUAUGAUCCAUCUCCUGGAUCUUUUACUUUUCAGUUUGACAAAUCAAGAUAUAUAAUCAAGAAUGGAUCAAACACAUAUUGGAAAAGUCAAUCAUCUAUCAUUGAUUUCGCCAAUCCUCAUGAGAUCCCCAGUGGUGUUGAAGCAGUAUUAUCAGAUCGGAUAGGUCAUCCCGACUAUAACAACACAAGAAUAGUGAUGCAUCCAUCAGGUCAAAUCAGAGUUUAUAACCUGUCUGAUCUAAUAUGGUAUGUACCAAGUGAUAAUUGUAGCAUCUACAAUGCGUGUGGUCCAUAUGGUAUUUGCAAUAAUAGCAGCACCAACCUACAAUGUAAAUGCUUGAAGGGUUUCAAGCCCAAGUCACCGGCGGAUUGGGAUUCCGGUGAGUUUUCAGCAGGGUGCAUUAAUAUUAAUAAAUUUUCACUGGAUUGUAAAUAUGAUGACAACAAGUUCUUAUCCUUAAUUCUGAUUAAAGUGGAGAACCCUGACAGUACUAUUGCGGGUGUCAAGGGUAUGGAUGGAUGUAAAAGAGAAUGCCUUGAUCAUUGCUGCCAUGCUUUCUCCCUUCAAAAUAGUAAUCACUGCCUAUUGUGGAUAAGUGAUGAGCUACAGGACCUCCAAGAGACUCUCUCCAAAGUGGGUCACGAAAUUUAUGUCCGGGUUGCAAGUUCUAAUUUUACGAUGGGUACGGUUGCAGGUUCUAAUUUUACGAUGGGUCCUCAUAAGCUAAAUAACAAUAAUUUAUCAACAGCUUUGAUCGUAGUGAUAACCAUUGCAGCAGUGGUAAUUGUUUUCUCUAGUAUCUAUUGUUGGAGAAUAAUAAUGAGAUGGAGAAAGAUGACCAAAAGAAAAGCUUAUAUGGAAAGUAAUCAAGAAACGUCAGCUUUUCCUUAUGAUGGGGAUGCCCAACAUGCCAAUGACAAGAGUAUGGAUGUACCAUUUUUCGAUUUUGAAAGCAUAGUGGCUGCUACUCAGGACUUCUCCAACUUAAAUAAGCUUGGACAAGGAGGAUUUGGACCUGUCUACAAGGGAAAAUUAAUGGGAGGACAAGAAAUAGCAGUGAAGAGGCUUUCAAAGAAUUCUGGACAAGGUCUAGAUGAAUUCAAAAAUGAAGUCUUAUUGAUUGCAAAACUUCAGCACAGGAAUCUUGUUAAACUUCUAGGCUAUUCUAUUAAAGGAGAUGAAAAAAUUCUACUUUAUGAAUACAUGCCCAACAGAAGCUUGGACUCUUUCAUCUUUGAUCAAUCAAGAUGCUCAUUAUUGAACUGGGAAAAGCGCUUCAACAUUAUAAUGGGAAUUGCUCGAGGACUUCUUUACCUUCAUCAAGACUCCAGGUUGAGGAUUAUUCACAGAGAUUUAAAAACUAGUAACAUCCUCUUAGAUGAGGAGAUGAACCCUAAAAUUUCAGACUUUGGCUUAGCGAGGAUUUUUGGAGGAAACCAAAAUGAAGAAAAUACUAAUAGAGUAGUUGGGACAUAUGGAUAUAUGUCACCUGAGUAUGCAUUAAAUGGGAUUUUCUCAGUUAAAUCUGAUGUCUUCAGCUUUGGGGUUAUGCUACUUGAGAUUAUUAGUGGAAAGAAGAACAUGGGCUUUCCAUCUGAACACUCUUUGAAUCUUCUAGGAUAUGCAUGGGAAUUGUGGAAAAAAGACAAAGUGUUGGCUUUCAUGGACAAAUCAGUAAGUGAAUCAUAUAUUGCAUGUGAAGUUUCAAAGUGCGUCAAUGUUGGACUCCUAUGCGUACAAGAAGAAGCAAAUGAUAGACCAACCAUGUCGAAUGUAAUUUUCAUGCUAGGUAGUGAGACUACAACUCUUCCAACUCCCAAAGAACCAGCUUUUAUUGCAAAGAAGUAUUGUCCAUCUACCACAGCUUCUUCAUCCAGUAGACCAGAAAUAUAUUCUAUUAAUGAGCUAACAAUUACUGAGGAACAAGGUCGAUAGUACAGGGUUUUGUUGAUGAUACUGAGUGAAAAUGAUGCACCUGGUUGUAAAUCUUGUUUGGACUUUGAAGUGGUCUGUCAAUAUGACACAAACGAAAUAGCAUGUGAAGGUCCAAACUUUAAUGGUGAUAGCCCAGAGAAAACUAACAAAUGUACCAAUAGAUAAGGUUCUCAAAUUUUUGUAUUAGUGAAUGGAUAUGAGUUCCCUCUUUGUAGUCUUAAAAAAGUUGUAAUUAUAAGAAUUGAUCCUAUACUCCCCUCUUUUAUGGGACUCAAAAUAACCUUCUUGUGUUAUAACAGGCUCCAAUAUGCUCAAAGUAGCAUAUUUAAAACA